UUCAAAAUGGCGUUGGUCUGCUGCAAGCGUUCGUGAUUUCCUGCAAAGAUUCUGUGUUCAUUUUGUUGUAGAAUAUAAAAACAAUGGCCGGUUUUACAGAAAAUGCCCUAAUACGCAAAUUGCAAGAGUUGAAUUCGAGUCAGCAAAGUAUUCAGACUUUAUCUUUGUGGUUAAUUCAUCACAGGAAGCACCAUGCCGCUGUCGUUAAAACUUGGUAUAAAGAAUUGUUAAAAGUUAAAGAUACGAAGCAGUUGACAUUUAUGUAUCUAGCCAAUGAUGUUAUUCAAAAUAGUAAAAAGAAAGGUCCAGAAUAUGGUAAGGAGUUUGGAGAAGUUCUCGAAGAUGCUUUGAAGCAUAUGGCAAAGACUGGAAUUAAUACUAAGACAAAACAUUCUUUGCAUAGAAUAUUAAAUAUAUGGCAAGAGAGGGGUGUAUAUGAUGCUCAGAAAAUACAGGAACUAAAAGUGGCUGUUGAUCCAAAUGAUGCUGAACCUAAAAAGGUGAGCAAGCGCAAAUCGACUGACGUGGAACCAAAGGAUCCGGAGAAGAAGCCGAAAUUAGACUCUAAGAAAAACGACAAGAAGGAGAGACGCCGUAGUGAGACUAAAGUAGAAGUAGACGGACAGAUUGAGACACACACCACGCUGAGCCCAAAGACUCCGCCAGGAGACCCGCCAGAACCGGACGAGUUGAUUAAGGCCCUCCUAGAAUUAGAAUCGAGUGCUUCCAGCGACGAGGCAGUCCGCGAGCGCAUCGCCUCCCUACCCCCGGAAGUCUCUGAAGUGCAAUUAUUGUCUAAGUUAGAAGAUAAAGAAUCGGCACUCGCCCUCAGCGCCAUAGUCAAUUCAGCAGUAGAAUUACUGGCCGAAUACAACCUGAGGCUAACUGAAGAGCUGGAGAAAAGACGGAAGGUGGCGGCCAUGUUGAGGGACUUCGCGCAGGCGCAGAAGGACCUGGCCAAGCAGGCUGAGGCGCGGCUCGAGGAAUACAACAUAAAACUGCAAAAGAUCUACGCAGUAAAGACCGAAGUCAAGUCCCACAUAGAAAACUUACCCGAUGUAUCCCGUCUCCCCGACGUGACUGGCGGCCUGGCGCCUUUACCCUCGGCCGGCGAUCUAUUCAGCAUUUGAAACUCCGCUCAAAGA